UACGUUGCGUCUACGUCUACGCUACGUCAAACUUAUAAAUCCAACAAGAACCGUGGUGAUUUUUAGUUUUUUGACCUGGCAACCUUGGACUUGAGUGAGACACUUGACUGACUUGACGACUUGACACUUGGUUUACUGUGUUUGGUUUUGGCCGAGAUUGUUAAAUUUUAAAUUAUUAUUGGAAUACAUAAAAUCAAGUGCAAUCAAAUGGAAGCAAAACAGGAAAUGAACGAGGAAACUUGUAAAAUAGAAAUAGAGUAUAAUCACUUGGAUGAUGCUGUUUUGGAUGGCUAUAAAAGUGAAAUUCAAGAAGAGUCCAAUGAGGAAAGUACUCGUGACGCAUCUAAUUCUUUAGAUUUGAAGAAAUGCCCCAUAAAUGCUGAAAUAGAACAACAUGGAAAUAAACUUGACCAAUUUGAAGAAACCCAAAAAACUGAAAAAGAUCAUCUCCAAGAGAACAAGAUGGCCGUUACAGAGACAAAUACUCCAGAUUCAUCUAACGAAGAAAAUUCUAUGAAUCAACAUGCUGAAGGAAAAACAUUAAAUAAAAAGAAGAAAGUUUUGCGUGGAAAAAGACGUUAUAAAUGUGAAAUUUGUUCAAAACAGUUUAUUUGUCCAAGUGCUUUGACAACACAUUCGAGAGUACAUACUGGACAAAAACCACACAAGUGUGAAAUUUGUUUUAAGCAAUUUAGUCAAGCAGUUGGUUUAAAAAGACAUUUGCUAAUACACACUGGAGAAAAAUCUUAUCAGUGUGCAAUUUGUUUAAGUCGGUUUUCUCGAAAAGAUGGAUUAGCUUCUCACAUUGCAGAUCACACCGGAAACAAACGUUACAAGUGUGAAAUUUGUUUUAAGCAGUUUAAUUCACCAUAUCAGUUGAAACUGCAUUUAAGAGUGCAUACGGGAGAAAAACCAUUUAAGUGUGAAAUUUGUUUUAAGCAAUUUAGCGUAGCAGGUAAUUUGAAAAUGCAUUUGAGAAAGCACAGUGGAGAAAAACCUCACAAGUGCGAGAUUUGUUUUAAGCAAUUUAGUGAAGCAUAUAGUUUAAAAACACAUUUAAGAGUACAUACUGGAGAAAAACCUCAUAAGUGUCGGAUUUGUUUCAAGCAAUUUAGUACAUCAUGUAAUUUACGAACACAUUCAAGUGUGCAUACUGAAGAAAAACCUCACAAGUGUAAGAUUUGUUUAAAACAAUUUAAAACAUCAUUUCAUUUGAAAUCACAUUUGAAAACACAUUUAGAAGAGACAAGUAGAGAAAAACCUCACAAGUGUGAAAUUUGUUUCAAGCAAUUUAGUGAAUUAAGUCAUUUGAAAAUACAUUUAAGAGUACACACUGGAGAAAAACCUCACAAGUGUGAUAUUUGUGAUAAGCAAUUUAGUCAAGUAAGUAAUUUGAAAACACAUUUGAAAGUGCACACUGGAGAAAAACCUCACAAGUGUGAAAUUUGUGAUAAGCAAUUUGGUGAAGUAAGUACUUUAAAAUUACAUUUGAGAGUGCACACAGGAGAAAAACCUUACAAGUGUGAGUUUUGUUUUAAGCAAUUUAGUGACCCAAGUACUUUAAAAAAACACUUAAGAGUGCAUACGGGAGAAAAACCUCAUAAGUGUGAAAUUUGUUUAGAUCGGUUUGCUCAAAAAUAUCAAUUAACUUUCCACAUGACAGUUCACACUGGAGAAGAACUUCACAAGUGUGAAAUUUGUUUUAAACAGUUUAGUAGAGCAGGUAUUUUAAAACAACAUUUGAGAGUGCACACUGGGGAAAAACCUCACAAGUGUGAGAUUUGUUUUAAACAAUUUUAUAUGAAAGGUAACUUGACAUCCCAUAUGAGAAUGCACACUGGGGAAAAACCUCACAAGUGUGAAAUUUGUUUUAAACAAUUUAGUACAACAAGUACUUUGAAAUCACAUUUGAGAGUGCACACUGCGGAAAAACCUCACAAAUGUGAAAUUUGUUUUAAGCAAUUUAAGCUAUCAAGCACUUUAAAAGCACAUUUAAGAGUGCAUACAGGCGAAAAACCUUAUAAGUGCGAAAUUUGUUUUAAGCAAUUCCGUGAAUACGGUACUUUACAAAAACACUCGAGAGUGCAUACGGGUGAAAAACCUCACAAGUGUGAAUUUUGUUUUAAGCAAUUUAGACAAGCAGGUUCUUUAAAAGCUCAUUUAAGGAUACACACUGGAGAAACGCCUUAUCAGUGUGAAGUUUGUUCAAAACAGUUUGCUAAAAAAGUUCAUUUAACUGCUCACAUGACAGUUCACACCGGAGAAGUACUUAACAAGUGUGAAAUUUGUUCUAAGCAAUUCAUUACAGCACAUAAUUUGAAAGUACAUUUAUUACUGCACACUGGGGAGAAACCUUAUCAGUGUGACAUUUGUUCAAAGCGGUUUGCUCGAAAAGGUCAAUUGGCUGGUCACAUUACAGUUCACACUGGAGAAAAACCUUACAAGUGUGAAAUUUGUUCAAAACAGUCCCGUACUGCUGGUGAUUUCAAAAAACACCUAAGAACACACACUGGAGAAAAACCUCACAAGUGUGAAAUUUGUUUUAGGCAAUUUGGUGAAUUAGGUACGUUAAAACAACAUUUGAGAGUGCACACCGGGGAAAAACCUCACAAGUGUGAGAUUUGUUUUAAGGAAUUUAGUGAAGCAGGUAAUUUAAAAAUACAUGUCUUAAGACUGCAUACUGGAAAAAAACCUCACAAGUGUGAAAUUUGUGAUAAGCAAUUUAGUGUAGUAAAUAACUUAAAAAAACAUUUGAUAGUGCAUACUGGGGAAAAAGCUCACAAGUGUGAGGUUUGUUCUAAGCAAUUUAACCAAACAAAUAGUUUGAAAAGACAUUUAAGAACACAUACUAGUGAAAAACCUUAAAAGUGCGAGAUUUGUUUUAACCCUUUCAGACCUGAAUUUGUUUGGCAAAAAUUGAUUUUGUAAUACAUAUGUAUUUGUAGGGGGGAUCUUUUUCUGUUUGAGAUUUUUUUACUAAUUGCCUCAUUAUGAAUGUCAAGUCCUUUGUACUUAAAGGACGUAAGUAUUUGUAAUGAAGUAAUACUCGGUGUAAAAUACUUUAUUUUAAAGAAUUAUGCACAUGGUUUCAUUUUACUAUCCAAGUAUUAAGUAUAUCACAGCUGUCAUUCAGCUGACAGUAAUACCAACUUACUUACAUUCAUGGUUAAGGGAGUUUUACACGAACAUAACAAUGAAAAUCUGAUCGUUUGUCCCCCUUUCUUUUCUGAAACCACUUUGGCUCUCAUCAAAGGUGUUUUCUAGUUUUUCUAUUAGCCUCUUUCUAGUAUACUAGCAUAAAGUUUUCCUACUGUGCUUCCAAGUGUUAUUUCUCUAUAGUUUGAGGAUUCUUUGCUAUCUCCUUUUUAAUACAAUGGUAUACAAUUGGCAAUUCGGUUUUCACCGAAUAGUGUUGUUAAUUUAUUUCCAAAUUCUACCCACAUUUUGUCCUUGUUAUUUUUAACCAUCUGUUUAACUUCUGUUCUUUUCUCUUUGUACUUGGAGUGAGAAAAAGCUCACAAGUGUGAAAUUUGUUUAAAACAGUUCAGUGAUUCAAGUAAUUUGAAAAAAACACACUGGAGAAAAACCUUAAAAGUGUGAAUAUUGUUUUAGGCAAUUUAGUCAAGCAGAUUGUUUAAAAAAACAUUUGGUAGUGCACAAUGGAGAAAAAGCUCACAAGUGUGAGGUUUGUUUUAAGCAAUUUUUUUUUCUUUGGAGUUGUAUGACUACGGGCCCUUCAAGGCUCAUUCGCCGAUUUAAUAAAUUUAACCAAACAAGUAAUCUGAAAAGACAUUUAAGAACACAUACUAGCAAAAAUCCUGAAAAACAGACCUGAAUUUGUUUGGCCACAAAAAAUUAUUUUGUAAUGUAUAUUUUUGUAGAGUAGGGUCAAAUUAAAAUCGAAAAGUGACAUGUAUGUGUACAGUUGAGCCCGCGAGUCUUUACCCGUGCGUAAUUAAUACCUGGCGAGAUAAAACACAUACAUACUUUUUAUCUAGCAUCAUUCUCUUCCACGCAUGAAACUCAUGACAAACCAGCUGCCGUUUGUUAUUAAGUAAAGAGCGAUGUUAUUUUUAUGAACCAUCCUAGACUCAGUGCAUUGAAAAGAGAUAGGUACAGAAAAAGACGAUUCGGUAUGUUUUCAUAUUUUAAGCACAAUUUGUUUGACGUUUCUGCUUUGUUUACUUUUGUGGCUGCCAGUCAGUUGAAUUUUUUGCGGUUUUUUGUCGAAUUUUUGCGUUUUGAAGUUUCUUUAUAUUACACAAACAGUUGUUUUCACAACUAAUUUUAUAUUGAGCUUUGAAAUUUUAAGGUAAAUAAUUAUAAAAAAAAAACAAUAAAUGCUGUAUAAAAGGUAUAUUUAAAAAAACCCUCAAAAGGGCCACAUCAAUUCACAUAACUAGUUUUCGACUGGUUUACCAGUCAUCAUCAGUGCUUACGUGCAAUGUACAUGUUAGCCACCAAAAUGCUAUUUUACAAAAAUAUGUGGG